AUGUCCUAUGCUGCGAAGUAUUUGGGCGAUAUUUGCUUUGGUGAGCAACAUUUAGGAUGGAUGAGAGACGCUCUACAACGCCCAAGCCUCUGCGCAAGGUGCGACAAUGUCUUGGCUGAUUCGCAACAUCUCGCCGAGGCUAUCUCAGACGACGGGUUGCUCAUGCAAGUCGCGAUGAUCGAACUUUACGAGAGUGCAGAGCUCCGUUCUUGCCGUAGGUGUAGUGUUUUCCUCUACAUGGUAAUACACUCUAUACGUGUGGAGGCUUUUUAUUCGUGGUCAAUGUCAAACUUCGUUGAAGUCUACAGCGCCUACGACACAGUUCUUAAGAUCCGUGCUCUUCUCCGUCCUAUCGAUCAAAGAGCAUCAGACUGCGACAUCCAUGAGAUGCUUGUGUUUGGAAAGCUGAUCGGCAGUGCAGUUGAGCUUCGCUAUCAAAACGAGUCCCAUUUAAGAUUCAAAGUCUAUGUCGGAGAAGGCGAAGAAGCUGCUACGUUUGUGAGUUCCGAAGCUGCAUUUUCGCGCGUUCGGUCGUGGAUGUCAACAUGUGAUGAGCAACAUACGGAUUGCUUGAGGGACAGCACUGGGUUACGUCCUUCAAGAUUGCUCGAUUUAUCGAGCACAACGACAAUGAGACUACGCGAUGCGCACGUUACCUACGAUCAGUACGCGGCACUUAGUUACUGCUGGGGUGGGGAUCAGCAGCUAAAGACCACCCGAUCUACUCUUGCCCAGAUACUAGAAGCAUAUUUGGAGAUAGACUUGGCCUUUUUAUCAGCCACGAUACAGGACGCUGUCAGGGUUGCUAAGCGAAUCGGUGUCAACUAUCUCUGGGUUGAUUCACUUUGUAUCGUUCAGGACUCCCCCGAGGAUAGAGAAGUAGAAAUGAGCAAAAUGGCAAGCAUCUAUCAGAAUGCUUGA